AUGGCGCGACUCACAGGUCUCCUCAAGAAGCUCGAGGUGCCUUACGAGGGCGGCACCCUACCCAACCGAUGGAUCAACAACGACAUCAAGCCUAUCGAGAAGGGACGGCGAACAUGGACGUUUUGGACCUUCCACAAUCUUUGGGUUCUGACGAAUACCAACAUUUCGACUUAUAUGACCGGAAGUUCCCUUAUCGCUCUCGGUCUAACAUGGUGGCAAGCAAUCAUUGUCAUUAUCGUUGGCGCGAUUCUGUCCACGGUGUUUAUCGUGCUGAACAGCAUGCCCGGGGCGUUCUACCAUCUCGGGUUCCCGAUUGCAAAUCGUUACGUCUGGGGCAUGUACGGUUCGUCGUUCGUCAUCUACAACCGCAUACUUCUAUCGCUUGUCUGGUACGCUGUACAAGCAUGGAUCGGUGGCCAAUGCGUCUACGUCUGCCUCGAAGCUAUCUGGCCCAACCUCGAGGAUCGCAUUCCGAACCAUCUCCAUGCGACUGGACUGACAUCUGCGAGUUUUCUCACGUACUGGAUCUUCUGCCUGAUCUCCCUUCCACUCAUCUGGAUUCGCCCACACAAGCUGAAAGCCUUUCUGUACAUUGGCGUCGCCUCAAUCAUGAUCUUCGAGAUUGUGCUCCUGAUUUGGGCUUUGGCCACCAUGGACGGAUUCGGCGACACCAUUACAGGCCACCCAGAUACACAGGACACCUCGGUGGGCUGGUCGAUCAUGUAUGGGAUCAUCAGCGCGAUCGGAGGCAUUGCCGCUGGCAUCCUCAACCAGAGCGAUUAUGCUCGAUUCACACGCAGACCGAGGGAUGCCAUUUACGGCCAACUUGCGAGUGCGGCAACGUAUUCGAUCCUGAGUUCUGUUGUUGGCAUUCUCGUGACAGCAGCCACCCAAAGAAGAUACGGCGCUCCCCUGUGGAGCCUGCCUGAUCUCCUCAUCGCUAUGAUGCACGCGGGCGGCUCUCGAUCUCGAGCCGCAGGUUUCUUUGGCGGCGUCGCGCUUGUCAUCUCACAAUGGGGCAUCAACAUUCCAGGGAAUGCGCUUUCCGGCGGGUUCGACCUGGCGGCCACAUUUCCGGGGUAUAUCAACAUCCGGAGGGGAGCGUACAUCACGGCGCUCCUGUCAAUGGUGGUCAAUCCGUGGCAACUGCUGGCCACAGCGUCGACAUUCUUGGCGGUUCUCUCAAGCUAUGGAGUGUUCCUCGGCCCAAUGACUGGACUCAUGAUCUCUUCCUACUACAUCGUCAAUCGCCGAAAGAUCAACGUGGAUGACCUCUUCAAGGGGAACAAGACGAGCAUCUACUGGUAUUCAUACGGCAUUAACUGGCGAGCUCCGCUGGCGUGGGCCAUCAGUGUGUUCCCUUGCAUGCCAGGUUUCGUCUCGAACGUCAACAAUGACAUCCACAUUUCCAUUGGCUGGACUCGCGUCUACUACCUCUCAUUCCUGGUGGGAUUCGCCAUUGCAGCCGUGGUCUUCGUCGCGUUGCAUCACUUCUUCCCUGCUCCGAGCGUGAAGGAUUUCGUCCUGGGUCCUGCUACAGCCAAGCAGGUUAUGGCGGAAUAUCAGGCUAGGUGGGAUGCCACGGAGGAGAAUGGCAUUGCCAUACCGAGCGAGACUGUGGUGCCAAAAGAUGCGCAUGACGUGGAGAGCUUCCCGAAAGACAUCUGA